UCAUUACUACAGUAUUUGUACUGCUACCGUAAUUACAACACAUCAUUCAAUAUGAUUAAUUUUUUUUCACAGCAUACUUUUUACGGUCAACCAUAUGGACCAUAUCCGGCAGGACAAUGUUAUCCAUGUUCACCAGCUCCAGGCUAUUACUGUCCACAACCAUGUUAUCAUGAAAGACCAAGAUAUUCCGGUUGUUCCGGAUGGUUAAUGGCAUUAAUUGCAUUAUGUUGUGGAUGUUUUAUUGGUGAACAUUUUGAUACAGAUUGCUGUUGUUGUUUUAUUCCAUGUCCACCAAUAAUAUUCCUUUAUUCUUGUUUUUGUUUUUUUUUU